ACAAGCUGUAACUUAUAUAUCGGCAUAGCCAAUUUUACUGAUAGUGAAAAAUAAUUAAUUAAUUUAACGUGUGGAAAUUAUUUGUUAAAAAAGUAGGUCACACAAAAAAUGGCAACCAGAACAAAUACAAUUGAACGCAAUGCCAAUGGCAGUGCAAAAUCCUCAUCUCUGCGUGAAAUUUGCGCGCGAGCCAUGACAAAAUCCGAAUGGGAGGACAAGGAUGAAUUUCUGGAUGUUAUUUACUGGUCACGUCAGGUGUUUGGCAUUAUACUCGGCAUCAUCUGGGGUAUUGUGCCGCUUAAGGGCUUUCUAGGCCUUGUGCUAUUUGCCGGAAUCAGUUGCGGCGUUGUCUACCUGUAUGCCAUCAAUUUUCAGAAUGUGGAUGAGGAUGCCUAUGGCGGUGCGUGGGAGCUGGUCAAGGAGGGUUUCAUGACAUCGUUUGCCGGAUUUUUAGUGACGUGGAUUAUCUUUUACACCGGCCUGCACUACGACACAAUAAUGGCGGCGAAGACGUCAUAAUACCAGCCAUAUCCAGCGAGUGAGAUACGAGAGCGAGAGAGAGAGGAGCGCGCACUGCAAUACAAGCAAUAACCAAUUCCACAGUCCAAAUGCUAUCCCGCAAAUCCGUUUGCAGAGCCAAAGCAUAUUUACUAAUUGCCCGAUUAUUUUUUUGUCCGUGUAGAUUGUUAAAAUUUUUAGCCAAUUACGUUAAUUACAUGUGCAUUUGAUUUAAAUAUUUACAAUAAUCGCCGGUUGUAUUGCGUUUUGAGAUUUUUUCUGUGAAAAAUACAAAUACAGCAACCUGUUGAGAACUAUAGAUAUCUAUAUAAGAUGCAGAGAUAAAUUGAA